AUGGAUGCUUUGGACGAGCUGUCUUACGCAUUGGCGGACUUGUCAAUGUUCCCCUACUUUGACAUGGCGCACUAUAUUAUAUCAAUCAUGGCUUUGAAGGAGCAGCAAGGAACAAUGGAGGUGUCCCGCGUGAGCCCGUUGGCUUGCUGGUUCAGCUCCAUGAUAGUCUGCUUUGCUGGCACCGUACUGGCAGGCAUCAUACUGGCCGAACCACCUUUGGCGCCGCUGGCCAAAGGCUCCCAUGUUCUGCUUGCCUCUCUUGUCUGGUACCUCAUGUUCUACUGUCCCUGGAACCUGAUGCACAAAUGCGUAACCAUGCCCCCUCUUCGCCUGGUUCUGUCGGCAAUGAAGGAGGUGACGCGCACGUGGAAGGUGCUUGCUGGUGUCUCACAGGCACGUAGCAAAUACAAGGACGGACUGCUGAUCAUGAUCGCCACUGGCUAUGUCAAAGGAGCCGGAGGAGGUCUGAUCAUUAACUUUCAGCAGCUCAUCCGCGGGGCAUGGAAACCGGAUGCCAAAGAGUUUCUGAAAAUGGGCGCCGCCACCAAGGUGUCCAUGAUCGGGGCGGUGCUGUUUGCUCUUCAGCAGUCUCACUACCUGCCUAUACAAACGCGCCACCUGAUGCUCAUCUACACCGUCUUCACUGUGCUCAACAAGACGAGGAUGAUCUGUACGGGGUCGGCGACGUUUCCCUUCGACCCCAUCGAAUCGGUGCUCCACAAGACUCUCUUCGUUGGCUUUUCUCCCUACGCCGCUCUCACCGCCGCCGCGACAACUAACGGCUCAGCUGGUGUGCCGACCGAAGAGCGUCACGGACCUCGCACCAGCGUAGCGAGAGCGCCAGUUCAAACCGAAAACAUGUCGGAAAAGAAGAGCAACUGA